AUGCAGAGCUAUCUAAGCCACUGGGCCAACCAGCUCAACGUUCCCGUGGUGUCCGUUGACUACAUGACGGCCCCCGAGCACCCGUACCCACGUGCCGUCAACGACUGUUUCUACGCGUACGCCUGGGUGCUGAGGAACGCCACCAGCCUGGGCACCACUGCCGAGAAAGUCAUCCUGGCCGGCGACUCGGCCGGAGGUAACUUUGUCUUCGGAGUGGCAUUCCUCGCUGCGCAGUACCAGCUUCGGAAGCCAUGUCUGGUGCUGGGCGCGUACCCUGCUCUGAAAAUCUCACUGGAUCUGUCACCGGCACGCUGCCUAAGCGUAAUGGAUCCGCUGUUACCCAUUGGAACGCUGCGGGCAUGUUUGAAUGCGUACCGGGGGAGUGGCAGCACGCCAGAGUAUCACCCGAACACCGGUCACCUGUCACAGCUGCAGUCGGGCAUCCACCAACGUCAUGCCACCAUCCUGAAUGCUUCGCCGGCCUACCUCUCUCCACUGCUGGCCAGUGAUGAGAUGCUGCACAGCUUACCAUUGGUUGCAUUGCUGCCAAGUUCAUUUGACCCACUCUUGGAUGAUUCCAUCGUCAUGGCGCGUCGUCUGCACGCACUCGGCAAGGAUGUGACACUACGCCCAUUCGACGGAAUAUCCCAUGGCUUCCUCAACUUCCACGCAGUCAGCCGCUUGGCGCAGCAAGCCACCGACGUGUGCAUUGAGUUGAUGGACGCAGCAAUCAAGCAACACGACCAAGAUGUUUAGUCGUGAUACAAGUAGUCCCUAUUGCAGUACGAGAUGUCACCACUCAUGCGUUCUCAGUGCAGCACCGGACAUUUGCCCAUUGGCACUCAUUUUACGAGUAUUGAACUAUUUAAAAAAAAUACUUAAGUAAGGUCCAUAA